GAGGGGUAUGUAUAUAUAUAAAGAAGGGCACGGGUUCUGCCGUGUAGACCCACCCUUCCCCUUGGCCUGCCCCUCCUGCUCCGUCCGGCUUGAAAGGCAAGGCAGGGGAGAGGUCCCUCCCUCCCUGGGCGCCUUGGAGAGGCUCCUUCUUCGGCGGGAGAAGAAGGACAGAGCCGCGGACGAUGCCGAAGAAGCCGCCCUCGCCUCUGCCUUCUGCUUCGCCGCCUCCUCCGCCUCCUUCCCCGGCUCCUCUGCCUCCGCAGGAGCGGCUCUACAAGCUGCUGGUGAUCGGCGACCUGGGCGUGGGCAAGACCAGCAUCAUCAAGCGCUACGUCCACCAGAACUUCUCCCCGCACUACCGGGCCACCAUCGGCGUGGACUUCGCCCUCAAGGUCCUGCCCUGGGACGCCCACACCGUGGUCCGCCUCCAGCUCUGGGACAUCGCCGGCCAAGAAAGGUUUGGGAACAUGACACGGGUCUAUUACCGAGACGCCAUGGGAGCAUUUAUUGUCUUUGACGUAACCAGGCCGGCAACAUUUGAGGCGGUAACCAAAUGGAAAGAAGAUUUGGACACUAAGUUGACUCUCCCCAAUGGCAAACCUGUGCCCACGGUUCUGUUGGCAAACAAAUGUGACCAGAGCAAGGAAGUGCUUGUGAAUAACGGCAUCAAGAUGGAGCAAUUCUGCCAAGAGAAUGGCUUUGUGGGAUGGUUUGAGACAUCAGCUAAGGAAAACAUAAAUAUUGACGAAGCUUCCAGAUGUUUAGUGAAGCACAUCAUGGCCACUGAGAGUGACCCUGUGGAGCAAUUCGUUGAACCUGAUGUCGUCAAGCCACACUUGAAUUCCUCCAAGUUUGUCAGCUGUUCAGCUUGCUUCCGGUCCUAAGCAACCUCCAAGCUGUUUUGGACAUUGGGACUGAGCAACACAUAACUCAGGAAAGGAAAAGUGCCUCCAAAACAUAUUGCCUGGCUUUUGCUGUGUCUGGGCAUAAAAAAAAAAAAUCUGCAUUGUUGCCAAACACUUGGCUGUAAAAGAAAAUCCAAAGUUUCAAAAACUUUUCUGAUCAUUAUUUUUAUUGUGGUGUUAUGAAUAAGUUGUGGGUGCUUCUACAAAUUUUGAUACUAAUUUUCUAACCUAUUUCAGUUAACUGUAGUUGCUCCAGCCAAAGUGCUCUUUUUAGGAAGCCCCCAGAUGGCGUAGUGGACUAAGUGACUGGAAGGUUGGGUUGCUGACCUGAAAGUUGCCAGGUUCGAAUCCCACCUGGGGAGAGUGCGGAUGAGCUCCCUCUAUCAGCUCCAGCUCCAUGCGGGGACAUGAGAGAAGCCUCCCACAAGGAUGGUAAAACAUCAAAACAUCCGGGCGUCCCCUGGGCAACGUCCUUGCAGACGGCCAAUUCUCUCACUCCAGAAGCAACUUCGGUUGCUCCUGACACGAAAAAAAAAAAAAGGAAGGCAGAAACAUCUAAACAUGACAUUUUUGGAUAGGGUUUUGUAUGUAUGUGUGAAUUGGGAGUGUGCACUAGGAACUGCAUCGCCCUCCAAUUUUUUUUUGCUGAACUUCACUCCCAGCAAUCCUAAUCAGUAUAGUCAAUGGUGAGGACUACUGGAAGUUGCAGGUAAACACUAUGUGCAGCACAGGGAAAAUACUAUUUGCAGAACAGGGUUGGCACGUUUGUCAUUGUUUGCCACCAUAGUGGCAGCCAUGGAACCCCACAGAGCUACUGGCCAUUGCCAGGUGUGUCUGCCAAUGUCAGCAAAGGCAUGACUGGUAGAAAAGAGGGGACUUUCCACCCAUCUUUUCCCCCGUCUCCAACACCUUAACAGAUACCAGCAAAGGCUGAUGGUCAAGAGGUCUCUAUGCAGGGACAUGAGAGAAGCCUCCCACAAGGAUGGUAAAACUCCAGUUGCUCCUGACACGAAAAAAUAAUAAUAAAAUAAACAAGACAAAUAAAGUCAGUCAAGUAAUAAAAUACGUAAUAUGCAUUGUCAUUUGAAGUUUGUUUAUCAGAGGAAAAAGUCAACCCCACACCCAAAAACUAUAUAUUUGCUGCCAACAUUAAUUCCAAAUCAUUGUUAUAUAUUAGAACAAUUGCACUCUUGUAAACUAGACCUGAAACUAUUUGUAUCUAAUGUACAAAGGUCUUAUCUAAUAUCCUCAUAUCAACAAUGGAACUGUUAAUUGCUGAUUAACUCUUUGGAACUUUUUUUCCAGAGCCCUUGAUGGCACAGCAGAUUAAACCACUGAGCUGCUGAAGUUGCUGAUCAAAAGGUCAGCAGUUUGAAUCUGGGGAGCUCCCACUGUUAUCCCCAGCUUCUGCCCACCUAGCAGUUCGAAAAUGCAGUGAGUAGAUCAAUAGGUGGGAAGGUAAUAGCAUUCCUUGCAGUCAUGCUGACCACAUGACCUUGGAGGUGUCUACAGACAAUGCUGGCUCUUCAGCUUAGAAAUGGAGAUGAACACGAACCCCCAGAGUCGGUCUCAACUAGACUUAACGUCAAGGGGAAGCCUUUACCUUGACCUUACUAACUUCUUUUCAUAAGUUGUUUCAAGUUGCUUUUUUGCCAUUGGGGUACUUUGUGGUCACAUUUGUUCCAUGCUGUUUUUUUUAAAAAGGAAUACAGUGUUGAGAAGCUGAAAUGGUGUGUUUUGGUUGUCAAUUGGUCACUCCAUUGCUGGCAGGGUGUGUGGGAUCAGAAUACUCAUUAGAGUUAGAAUAUUCCUCACAACUCAGUCCAUCCUGAUUUUGUAUUUUGAUGCAUGAGAACAGGUUUAAUUGUGUGUCAACAGGAUGAGUGUAUAUGGUACCACACCAUAGUUUGAUGUUACAUGAGCACAGACCCCCAUCUCCCCAUAGCCUUACAUCUACAAAUCAUGUAGUCCAGUAAUAUUUCAAAAGAGUUGAUUUUCUCUCUGUCAACUUUCCUCAAUGUCCAGCUUUCACAACCAUAUACAGAAAUGGGAAUUGUGAUAGCAUGGACAAUCCUAAUUUUAGUAUUCAAUUAAAUGUCUUGACUCUUGACACUUCAAAAUCUUGUCCAGUCCCUUCAUAGCUGCCCUCACAAGUCCUAGCUCUCAUCUGCACUCAUCCUUUAAUACAGCUUUGAAGGCAGCUUCAGAGUGCAGCAGCUCUACUACAUGUGCUGUGAAAACACAUUGCAGCACACUCUUAAGGACUUUCAACCAAGAUAAGGUAAGCUGGGUAAGCAUCUGGAAGAAAACCCUUAAUGCAUGUGUGUUUAACUUGGAGAAAAGAAAUAGCAGCAAAAAUAGCAGCAAAAAGAUUCCACCUAAACAUUAGGAAGAACUUCCUGAUAGUAAGAGCUGUUUGGAAGUGGAGCAUGCUACCUCAGAGUGUUGUGGAUUCUCCUUCUCUGGAGGCAUUUAAGCAGAAACUGAAUGGCCAUUUGUCAGGGGCGCUUUGAUUGUAUGUACCAGAAUGGCAGAAUGGGGUUGGACUGGAUGGCCCUUCGGGUCUCUUCUAACUCUAUGAUUAUAUAAUUACCUGAAACCAUGGAUAUUACCAAAUGUCAUUAAAUUAUCUGGCUUCUGGUCCCAGAAAACUUAGAGAAUUGCAUCGAUGGACUUAGAGAUUCCUAGAAAUCAUCUCUAGGAAUGUGCUAGAUUUUCCAAUGGCAACUUCUGGGUGGAAGCAUAUCAUAGGAUCACAUGAAGAUCCUAGCAAAUUUUUAGAGAGCCAACCUUCUGUAAAAUAAAGGACUUUGUUUUCUCAGUCUCUAAAGUGCUACAAGAUCCCUUUGCAUACUAACUUAUUGGAAGAAGGGUGAAUGAUAUCUUCAGACAGGAAGGAAGCAAAGAAAAAUUGAGUACAUAAAUUUAAAAAUUGAAGAUGUCGAAGAAAAAGUCAGGAUGCUUCCGAGCAUUCCUUUUCACUAAUAACUUUAUAUAAACACUAGUGUAUGUACCCAGCAUUGCCUGGCUAUGCAUUUUCAAAUGGAACCAAAGAUUAAUCCAGGUUGAUUCUUUUCUCUGUACAUAAAAAACUAUUGAAUUAUUACCCAA